AUGCUAGCUAGCUACGAGAAAAGUCCCAAACCUCCUCUCAUCUCCUCUGAAGGAAAACAAGGGGGAAAAAAAAAAAGAUUCAAGAAGUCUCUCGUUGCAAUCCUUGUCAGCCCUUUAGCCAUUCCUGUCAACGAGUACGAGUCUUCGUGUGCUCUGAAAUCAGAGUUUAGUUACACUAGUACUAGCAGUGGAUGCAGCAGCUACAGCUCUCCAACUUCGCUCACCAGUUAUGCAACAACCAAUUAUAAUAGUAGUUAUUACAGUUCUCCAACUUCGCUAACGAGCUACGAGUCUAACUACAAUGCCAAUCUGAUGCAAAGAAGCAUCAGCAGUCACUCUCUGCUGCAUAGGAACAAUGUAGAGGGGUUUUCUGCCCUUGUCUCGUCCCCAACUGCAUGUUACGACUCAGAAACUAGUCCUUUCAGGAAAGUGUUUAGCGCUGGCGAUCUGGAGGGUAUGACUCCAAAGCAACAUAGCCGUCGGGCAGAUAGUUCUCUGGCGAAUGAGUAUAGCAUCAUUGAAAGUAUGAGCAAAGCCUGCAGAUAUAGUCCAGAAGAAAAGAAAGAGAGGAUUGAGAGAUAUAGGAGCAAGCGAAAUCUCAGGAAUUUCAACAAGAAGAUCAAGUAUGAAUGCAGGAAGACACUAGCGGACAGCAGACCCGCAUCAGAGGGCGGUUUGCCAGGAAUGAUGAGAUUGAGAAGGCUUCUCAAAAUCAAUGGGAUCAGGCUGGCAUUGAGGAGGAGGACGAAGACGAUGACAACUGGAUUAAUAUCCUUGAUACAUUCUCAACUACUCUGAUCCCAUAAUCGGGAUUACAUUAUGAAGCUCCUAAGUUUUAAUGUAAAUGGAGCACCUAGUUUACGUGUUGAAGAUGGUAAUCUUUGAUUGCAAUGUACUUUUAGCAUUGUCAAGGAUUGCGUCUGAUAAAAAGAGCUCCCUCAUGGUCUUUUGUGUAUUUGAGCUCAUUGGCGUUUCUAUUUUGUAUUGAUGCACUUCAACUCAAGUUCGAAGGUAGUUUUGUACAUUGUCCUGUUGGUUCCAUAUUCGUAUGUAUCUGUCUAUAUGCUGAACGAAAUGAAUGUAAACCCCUCAUAUUCAUCUUAAAAAUGAUAAUCUCAUUUCGACAUUAGAUUAGGACUAAUAAUGUCCACAUAAAUCUUCUGUAUCACAUUGUUGCAUUUUUUGGAACGCGUUUCAAUCAAAUUUACAUAGUUGAUCAGAAAAUUUCACCUCAACUCCACAAACU